ACUGGACCGACGCUGAUGCUCGUUUUGGCUUGCUUGUAGAGUCUUGCUCCCUCCCUCCCCGCUCCCGCCACUGCUCCUCGUCCAUCCGGCCUCGGCCCCGUCCACCACUCCAAACUCGGAGGAAAAGGAGACUCCAAGACGACCAAGACGACGACGACGACGACAGUAAUAACAAUAGCACCAAUAGUAAUACAACAGCGCCAGCAGCCAACAUGCGCAAGGGCGUCACCAUCUUCUUCCUCGUGACCGUCCUGGUCCUCGGUUUCGCCGUCCACAGCGUCUGGACUUUGUUGGGUCUUUUGGUCGCGUCCGGCCGCGAGGACGCCAUUCUGCGCGGAGAAUUGCCCGCCCCCAACUCCAGUGCAAUCGACCAUGCGCCACAACUAGUCCCCAAGAUCAUCCACCAGACAUAUAUCAACGAGAGCAUUCCUGCCCAUUGGAAGGGCCCCCAGCAAAGUUGCAUCGAUCUCCACCCCGACUACGAGUACAAGCUAUGGACUGACAAGAAGUCGCGCGAAUUCAUUGCUGCCGAGUACCCAUGGUUCCUUGAGACUUUUGACGGCUACCCCUACCCCAUCCAGCGCGCUGAUUCCAUUCGGUACUUUGUCCUUCACCACUUUGGCGGCAUCUACAUUGAUUUGGACGACGGAUGCAAUCGCAGCCUCGACCCGCUUCUCGCCUACCCUGCAUGGGUUCGACGCACCCUUCCCACCGGAAUCUCAAACGAUGUCAUGGGCGCCGUUCCCCGCCAUCCCUUCUUCCUCAAGGCCAUUGAUUCUUUGACUGACUACAACCGCCGCUGGCCUCUCCCAUACAUUACCGUCAUGGCUUCUACCGGACCCCUCUACCUCAGUCUUAUCUGGAGGCACUACAACAACGCCGGUCCUGUGGGACACGAGCGUGUACGCAUCCUAUUUCCCGACGAAUACAACAACCACUCAUGGAGUUUCUUCACUCACCACCUGGGAAACAGCUGGCACAGGACCGAUGUCAAGAUUAUCUUCUGGCUCGCCAAGCACUGGGUGCUCGUGACCAUUCUUGGAUUCGCUGCCGGUUUCGCUCUUCUUGGCUUGAUCUACAAGCUUGCCGUCUUGAACAAGCGAUCCACUGGCCCUGGCUCACCCAAGAUUCGUUUUUUGAGCCCAAGAAUGCCUUUUUACCGUCGCAUAAGUCAGAAGAGCUUUGAGCUCGACGAGCGACACGAGGUGUAACCGUCGCCCUGACCUUCUCUGCAUGAUUUCAGCGUUAUGUCCGGCACUAACCUGCCUUGCAUUUUCCGGCGUUUUCUUGUCCCCGUCGCCCCGUAUCUUCGCUUCUCUAGUGGCUUAGCUUGUUUUUUUCUUCUUCAUUUUCAUCUCGUCUAUUUACAUCAGGGCAGCGUUCCCUAGUAGCAUGUUUUAACUGAUUUUUUUCCCCAACGGGCACACACGACACGCUUGAUACAUGGAAACGGUUGGGCUACCGUAGUUGUUGGAAAAAGUACCGUUUGAACGAGCAUCAUAGAAAGAGGCUAGACGGGAGCCAGCCCACAGAGGCACGACGGACGAGUCUCCAGGCGUGGACUUGGGCGACUUUUGGCCGUCUUGCCGGACGAAUUACUAUUAGUUACGAUAAGAUCAAUACCAAACACCACGUCACGUGACGGUGA